AUAAAUAUAUUUUUUUAUGAAAACAAUUUGUACGAAUGACGUCAUGGUUAUAAAACUCAUGUUUUAUGAAUAGCGUCAUACGUGAUUGAAGUGACACACGUUUAUAAAGCAUAUUGUUUUCUUUUUUAUUCGAUUUUUUUAAUGUGAUUCAUUUUCUGACUACGUUUGUUGAUUGGACAAAUGCUGAAAACAUCGAGACAAAUAAAAGAUUUCUUUCUCUUGGUUAAUCAAUCGAUGCUUGUUCGCCAUUUAGAAACGCGACAUCUUCUCGGCGCUCUACCACGUGACUUAUGUCAUGUGACAUAUGUUUUGGUGCAGUUUGGUGCAAUAUGGCGGUUCUUUCUGUCAAAGUUCGAUGAGUCUACACUGGAAAAAUAUUUCUGCCGUCUCUCGCGUCCGAUGAUUUAAUGUUAAAAAAUGCCCGUUGACAUUAAUCGAUUAACGGAGGGUUGGCUAGAAUUGGAAAGUGACCCGGGUUUAUUUACGUUACUCUUGGAAGACUUUGGGGUGAAGGGCGUUCAAGUGGAGGAGAUCUACGAUCUGCAAAAAUCUCUCGAAGGUCCGGUCUACGGUUUUAUUUUUCUUUUUCGUUGGAUCGAAGAACGGCGAUCAAGACGGAAGGUCGUGGAGCAGGACGAGAGUUUUGUCAAAGAUGAAGAAAUUGUCAAUAAUAUCUUCUUUGCGCAGCAGGUUGUUCCCAACAGCUGUGCAACUCAUGCGCUGCUUUCGGUUCUAUUGAAUUGUCCAAAUAUUCAUCUGGGUACAACCCUAUCUAGAUUAAAGAUGCAUACCUCUGGUAUGUGUCCAGAAAACAAGGGCUGGGCAAUUGGUAAUACACCAGAGCUAGCCUGUGCACACAAUUCGCAUGCUAUGCCCCAAGCCAAGAGGCGACAAGACAAAAACACUGGUGUCUCUACAGGCCGCUUCACUGGCGAGGCUUUUCACUUUGUGAGUUAUGUACCGAUAAACGGUAGACUUUUCGAACUGGAUGGUUUGAAACCCUAUCCCAUGGAUCACGGACCAUGGAAAGAGCAUGAGGAAUGGACAGAGCAAUUUAGACGCGUCAUAACCGAUCGUUUAGGUAUGGCCACAGGCGAACAGUUGCAAGACAUCAGAUUCAAUCUUAUGGCCGUCGUGCCGGACAGACGUCUCGCUAUCUCGCACAAAUUAACAAUGCUUAAAACCAACCGACAAAUAGUCCUUGAGGCUUUGCAACAGUUGGUUAAAUUAAGUCAUCAAGAUGGGAGUAAUGUCGAAAAAAGCUCGCACGAUUCUGACAAAGAGAAGCACAGUGAGCAAAGGCAUAAGACUGAGGAUGAAAAUGGAUUGCCUACCAAGACGGAGAUUGAAGAAUCCUCGAUCCCCACUAUCAAUGUUGAAAGGAAUAAUGAAUCUGUGGUAGUUAUGGAUGAAUCAAUUUCCGGCAUUACAUCUGGUAAAACCGAAUCUAGCGGAAUGGAGAAAGUAGUGAUGUGCGCUCUGGAUUAUGCCACGCCGCUGCGAAUUCAAACCUCUCCGGCUCACAGUUCGUCGAGUACGGACACGUCGUCAGAAAUAGGAUCCGCCUUCAAUUCGCCCACUCAAGCUUGGGGCUGGAAUUCCGGUCAGAGCAGCCCGACAUCGACGAAGGAUUUCAAAAAAUUUGUAGUGAUCAGAGUUGCCGGUGACGAGAAGAAUGAAGCGGGUCUAAGUCGUUCUCUGGGAAAUAUUAAUAUAAACGGAAAGAGAUUGGUUUCCGACAGCGGCCACCUGCACAAGAAGGUCUGUCUAUCGGGGGAAGUUCGGAUACCUCACGCGAGAGUGAAAACCAGCAACGGCGACACGGUUACGGAGGAGAAAAAGGUUGAAAAGAUCGAUCCUAAACUCUGCUCUAAGUAUCCGGAAUUAUUCGAGCCGCAUACAUUUGCGCCCAAGGAUCUUUUGGCUCUAUUAAAAAAUUUGGAGCACGAGAUCAGCGUGUGCGAAACUAGCCUGAAGGAUGAGAAUGAUAAAAGAAACAAAUAUAAGAUCGAUGAUUGUCGGAGGACGCAUAAUUACGACGAAUUUAUUUGCACGUUUCUCUCGAUGCUCGCUCAGCAGGGAAAGCUAGCAGAAUUGGUCCAACAACAUUUGACAUUGAAAAAACACACUUCCGUUUCAGUCAACAGGGUUCACAGAUCGUCGAAAAAAUCCGACACUCGUCCGAAUUCUUCGCGCAGACGCCGUGGCAGAACAAAAUAUUGUAAUUCAAAAUACACGAUUUGUUAAGAGCGCAGAAAAUAUUUAUCUCUUUCUAUCUUGCAUUUUUUUAUCGAAUUGCUAGAGAAAAGGAAACGAUGUUUAGAAAUUACAAAGAAAAGGGAUUUUGUCAAAAACAUUGAAAAUAUUUAUUUAUCGGUAUUCAUAUACAAGUACACUACACGCGCUGCGGAUAUGUCCCUUAAAAUCUAAAUACUUACAUCUCCGAACAGCCGGAGAAAGGAGAACCAAACUUAUCAGAUUGGUUGGAAUUACAGUUUUUUAUCAUAAAUUGACGACGGGUUAACGAUCCUCGCCUUUGUUUUAUCGUUAAUAUAGUGCAUAGGAACUGUAAUCGAAACGCGCGCAAACGAUUUCAACGGAAUACAAUGGAAAGGAAGAGAAGGAAGUGAAAGAAAAGGGAAAAUGGGUGGGAAGAUGAAAAUGUCAUUCCUUCUCCGGCCGAUGUUCCAGCGAUCCUCGUAACUG